GUUGGCUCUACCGGAUUCCUGCUUAUCUCCGGUCUUGCAGAGCCGGUUGUUCGAGCCUACUCCCUCAUUACAGAUAUGGUGGAGCGGUACGAAGGCACACAUUCCAGACGCUCAGAGACUACAGACAGAGGCAUGGGCGAGACUCUGGAUUCACGGCGGGCUUUCAAAAGCCUGGUGGAGAAUUGGGAGGACAAACACAUCCUGGAUCUUCUGGUUCUCCCGGCGUUAGUGAAGGAGAUCCUGCUGGAGUUGGUAAUAGGAUCGGGGCUUGGAUCAAACCCUAGUCCAGAUCUUACAGAUGGAAACGCUGGGGCUAGAUCUCUCGAGGAUUCGGGGGUUAGAUGGGACAAACCUUCGUCCGUUACGUACACACUCCCAGAGUCUCCUGAUCGUUGGGUUGAAGGGAUGACUUCAGCUUCUGGUAAAGACUAUGCCGCUUCCUCAUUCCAGUUGUUGUCUUCAGGGUCCCGAGGAUUGGCAGAGGGUGCUGACGAAAGACUUCUGCUUUCUCUACAAGAGGUUGUCAGACAAAGCGAAGCAGCAUCAAUAAGUACAGAGGUGAUAGACGUACGAGGGGAAGAUGAAGAACAAGAAGUGCUGUUGUCAGUGGGAAACAAAGAGUUCUUGCUUCUUUUAAAGUUCUUCACAGCUAUGGGGUACACAGAGGAGAUAGUUAAGAGAGUCCUUGCCCGAACGGGACUUAAAGAGGCGUCGCAGAUACUAGACGUUGUUCAACAGGAGCAGAAUCGCAGUGACCGUGAGGAGGGGAAGAAAACUCAAGACGGCGAUGAGUCGAACCGAAGCGAGAGGAACCGACCUUGCGAGACAGAGCACAGAGAAGAAGAAGAAGAAGAAAUGGAAGUAUCGGGAGGAGAUGUGUUGAUGAGUAGUUCCGAGUUCAUGGAAGCUGGAGCAACGGGAAGAGAUCAACCCAAGGAGAUAGGGCACAAGGAAGACUUUGUUCUAGGGGUGGUGAAGAAAGCGGCAGCCAGCUGUGGGUACAUGGAGCAGAAAGUGACCAAACUCUACAACAUGUUGCCGGAUGGAUCCACUCACCAGCUGAUCCUGGAGCUGCAGAGAGAGGAGAGCAAAGAGUUGGUUGCCUUUGGUAAAGUACCAAGAGAGAUGGACGAUGUGGUGAUAGAGAAAGAAGAACCAAAAGUGCCACCAUCUGAGGACAAAGCAAAGGAAAUGGAGCUUUUUAUGCCUGCAGGUAAAAGAAAAUCUGAUGAUAAAGGAUGGGGAGAAGUGCCGAAAUCACCUGAAGCCGAGUUCAUAUUCUAUAAACACAUAAACUCGCCGUAUCAAGUCUGCAUUCCUGAAGUCAAAGGGCCACCCAUGCCCACAUAUCCUCCAUCUUUUGAUCGUCCACCCACCUUUAACCAAUCCAACAUACAACAUGGUCGAAACAACUUAUGGCAGAAUCCAUCAACGUCGAGACAAAAGCAUCCAGCCCAAGAACCUGUCCUCAACUCAAAGCCCAAUUCCUUCAAACCCUUAAAACCUCAAAAACCCAUCUUCACAAUCUAUGAUUUGCCUCCCGCCAAAGCGAGGGAAAAGCAAGGCUUCAUGGCCGCUUCCUCCGUCGUGGUGACGGGGGAGCAGCGUUUCCUGGAAGGCCUUCAGAUGCCCUUCGAUCUGAAGCUAAAAGACCAACCUGGUGACCCAAACGUGAGGACGAUCGUCAUCGACGGGAGCAAUGUGGCGAUGAGUCACGGGUUGGGUCACUUCUUCUCCUGUCGAGGGAUCGCUCUGGCCGUCCAGCACUUUUGGGAUCGAGGCCAUCGUCACAUCAGCGCCUUGCUGCCUCAGUGGAGACAGAAGAGCGACUCUAAAAUCAAAGGUAUCACUUCCUGUUCCUCAGCG